UAUUAUAUAGUAUCUUUCAUCCGAUGCGAUUCACUCAAUUCCUCUCUUUUAGAAGUGAAGAAAGAGAGAGAAAAUGCGGCCAACUCCUUUAGACGCCGAUGACACCGUCCGCUUCCAACCACCGCCAUCGCCUCCCUGCCACGACCUCCGCGCCUGUACUUGGCGUCCGUACUCCAGUUCCAGAGAUUUCGAAGCCAACGCCGCCGUCGUUGUCAUCAUCCUCCUCUGUGGCCUCAUCUGCGCUCUCGCUCUCAACACUGCCAUCCGCUGCUUCCUCCGCCGUCGCGGCACUUCCGACGAUGAUUCGAGUGAUAGUCGGCAGGAGGAACUUCCAGAGGAGACGAAGCCGACGCUAAUGGACAAAUUGAAGAUGGCUCCGGCACUGGUGUUCUCGGCGGAAAUGAAGCCGAAACUCGCCGGUGCGGAAGCAGAGUGUACGAUUUGCUUGACAGAGUUCUCGGAAGGGGAAGAGAUUCGAGUAUUGUCGAUUUGUAAGCACGGAUUUCAUGUUCAGUGUAUUCAAACGUGGUUGAUUUCACAUUCUUCUUGUCCAACUUGCCGCCGUAGUUACCUCCCUCCCUCGCCGUCGUCCUCUGCUAGCGGCGGCGACGGAAACCCCUGAGAUUAGAUUAGAAAUACCGGAAUUUCUUCGGACAGCCGCCGUUGUAGCUGUUUGAUAGCAAUUCGAAUUGAGCAUUUGCUUUUUUACUUUUAUUUUUUAAAAUUACAAUUUACAUCUUCUUCUUCUUCCUCUUU